AAAGGGGGUUGCGUCGUGUGCAGACUCAGGACGACAUUGUCGUAACAUCUUCCUCGGGCGAAAGCAUGGUACUGCAUCAACCAAAGGGCCUGUCAGCUUCCGAACAAUGAAGAAAUCGAAGCUAUUGUUGAAAGCCCUGUCUACCCGUCUUGCAGGCAAGCACCUCGUGACAACAAUCGUGCAGUGCUCACGAUUCUACGAAAUCGAUCAUGAGGAGAAGCAGAGGAACUUGGGAGGUGCAGAGUCAGUGUUAACGGGCCGUAAUCGCUCCACAGACCCAGGCAUCUUCACCCCCCUAUGUGUCAUUGCAAGACCACUGGCUUGGCAUAGAGAACCGGCUUGUUCAUCGAGAAGGGAACGAUUCAAACAUAUUAGGGAACACUUUUAUGUCCUAGCAAAUCUGCAUCACACUGUAGGAGCCGGAGCUCUUGACGACUCUGCACAGGAUAAACAGAAGACAAGUGGAGUGGUCGACUUCUCGGCCAUAUUCGGUUUACAAUACCUGGACAAUUUCGUUGGCGAGAUAACAUUCUUCGAAAGGCUCCCUUCGAUAAUGGAAACUCAAUUUCGCUGCGAGGCCUCCGUAGAUGCAGCAGACAGAGAUGGUAUAUCAGCGCGCCCAUGCCCAUCGAAUCCAUCAUUCAAUCCACACUGUGCACCUCUUUUACUGAAGAAGUGUAAAGGUCUUGACCAGCCUUGGUCGAUUGGUGAACGUCGAAACACACAAAAUGAUGUAAGGUCCAUAUCACAAACUCUCAGCGUUGGGCUACUCGAUCGCAUCUGUUCUUCCUUCCUCGGAGAGUCCAAGGACAAACAACGGAUAGGUCGAGUCGGUUGCACUGAUUACGAUACGGUUAAUGUCCAUUCCAUGGUACAAGAGAUAACAUCUCUUCAAGCGAAACUCGAAGCAACACAUGACGAAGAUGAACAACGAGCGCUGGAGGAGGAUAUAACGGGAAAGAUUCUAUUGCUCUAUUGGUGUGGAAUCAGCUCAGAAGUGGACCAAUUAUUACCAAAGGUCGUGGAAUACAUUCGAAUGGAACGCGAUUCCGACGCGCGCCCCUCGGGUUUACGUGAGAUAGCAGAGAUUAUCAAGGGAACCCCGUAUAUAAGCCCGGACGACGAUAUAGCUCACUUGCGAAGGGUUAUGCUUGAUGCGGGCGCAGACAUAUCGAAAUAUAAACUGUGGCUUGCUGCCCAGGCUGCAGAGCGAGCGAGGUGUCCAGGUGUACUUGUUUCAGGCGACAACCCAUUUCCUGGCACCCAAGAAAUUACUCCGGGUGCGAGCCCUGAAGUGCCCACUGGUACGGCGUCUAAGCAUGCCAGCCUGCAGACGAGGAUCGUGACAUUGUUGAUGGGGAUCAAGCAGUCGGCUCGUAACCUCUCGCGCAGCGGCCAACGUCAAGUAAGUCCUAGAUGAAACCAAGGACAAACGCACGUACCCCAGCUGUCACACCGAUAACUGCAUAUGUACUUUAUGUACAAACCGCCGCCCCCCACUGCAAACUGACCUUAGGACAAAUUUUGUAUUAUUGCGAAAUCAGAAUUCAUAACGCUAGUACUUCCUAACUUUUUUUCUUCGGACACGACUCGAAUUACCAACCUUAAUGGAAGGUG